CGCGGAGUCUGGCGCUGUGGCUGCUACCGCCUGGUUUCUACACGGGGAAGAAACGUGAGGGUGGCUGCUGAGGCAGAGGGAGUCGCGGCGCGUCUAUGCGCACACGGAGUCCGGGCAGCGCCAAGCGAGAGGAGGAGGACUUAGUCCCCCAACGGAGGAGCAGCAAUUGCAGCAGCAGCAGCAGCAGCAGCAGCCGCCGCCGCCGCCGCCACCACCGCCUGUGAUUUCUGCCCAUACUAGCGGCAGCUCUUUUCUUCACCCCCACCCCAAUUUGCGUAGAGUCUUUGUGUCUUGUGUGUGUGUUUUGCACACUCCUGCCAAACAAAGGGGGGCGGGGGGGAGGCUGGGAGAAGACAUGCGUUCCGUCAGGAAGAGGUGGACUAUCUGCACGAUAAGUAUCCUCCUGAUCUUUUAUAAGACAAAAGAAAUAGCGAGGACUGAGGAGCACCAGGAAGCGCAACUCACGGGAGAUGGUGAGAUGAGUUUGAGUAGAUCAAUGCUCAAUAGCUCUGAUAAAAUAAUUCAGAAGGGUGGCUCUUCAAUCUUUCAACAUUCUGUAGAAGGCUGGAAAAUCAAUUCUUCCUUGGUCUUGCAGAUAAGGAAGAAUAUUCUUCGAUUUUUGGAUGCUGAAAGAGAUGUCUCAGUUGUUAAAAGCAGCUUCAAGCCAGGAGAUGUAAUUCACUAUGUGCUAGACAGACGUCGCACCCUGAACAUUUCUCAGGAUUUGCAUAGCCUCCUUCCUGAAGUUUCACCAAUGAAGAACCGACGGUUUAAAACUUGUGCAGUUGUGGGCAAUUCUGGCAUCCUCCUGGACAGUGAAUGUGGAAAGGAGAUUGACAGCCAUGACUUUGUAAUAAGGUGCAAUCUAGCCCCUGUGGUGGAGUUUGCUGCAGAUGUGGGAACUAAAUCUGAUUUUAUUACCAUGAAUCCAUCAGUUGUACAAAGAGCAUUUGGAGGCUUUCGGAAUGAGAGUGACAGAGAAAAAUUUGUGCAUAGACUAUCCAUGCUGAAUGACAGUGUCCUUUGGAUUCCUGCUUUCAUGGUCAAAGGUGGAGAGAAGCAUGUGGAGUGGGUUAAUGCAUUAAUCCUUAAGAAUAAAUUGAAAGUGCGAACCGCCUAUCCAUCACUGAGACUUAUUCAUGCUGUCAGAGGUUACUGGCUGACAAACAAGGUCCACAUCAAACGACCCAGCACUGGUCUCCUCAUGUACACGCUCACCACCAGAUUUUGUGAUGAAAUUCACCUGUAUGGCUUCUGGCCAUUCCCAAAGGAUUUAUAUGGAAAACCAGUCAAAUAUCAUUACUAUGAUGAUCUAAAGUAUCGGUACUUUUCAAACACCAGCCCCCACAGGAUGCCAUUAGAGUUUAAAACUUUACAUGUGUUACAUAACCGAGGAGCACUGAAAUUAACAACAGGGAAAUGUGUAAAGCAAUAAAGCACAUGUAAAGUACAAUAUAAAGUAUGGAAUAGUCACGUCAUCAUAAAGAUGUUGUGAAAGGCAGUGGGAUCCAACAGAGGAUAUGUUUCAAUAACCACUAAGCCAUUGCGAAAAGGAAACUUACCUGAAGUCCAUUACCAGCUGAUGAUAUACCUGUAAAGUGCUAUAAAACUAAGAUAUCUUGACUGCAAGGGUUCAAGUAAGUGCCACUUUCACUAAGAACAAAGCUUGAAUGUAUAAUCAGUAGUGUUUACAAGAGCCAAUGAAGCAUUCAUUGUCAAUUAAAGAAGCAAAUCGUCCAUUUAAUGCUGACUUACCACCGCAAAGUUGAGCAACUUAUAAAAGAGAUACUCAGCAGAUGGAAUCUGUCUUAGGGGAAACUGCCCUUGGCAACAGAAAUCAUGGUUGAAUUAGUGGAGAAAGUGAUGUCCAUAAGAUUAGAUAGAUCAAGUAAAUGCCUUCUGUCAGGGGACUGUAUCUGACCUUGUAUUAUAAACUCAUUGUUUUUCUUGGUGUUUUUUCUGAUUGCUGGGUAGUUGGUUUUUUUUAUUUUUCAUUGGGGUAUUGGAAUCCUUAAAGGAUUUUAUGAGGACAAUGGAAACAAUUAUAAACAAAAUCUUCAAAGAGUUGUAUUUGAAGAAAUAAGUUCUUAUAGAGGAAGAAUCAAAUACUUAAAAAUAUUUGUUGUAUUCUGCUGUUGCACAACUCUAAACCUCCAGAUUGAUUUUUUUUUUUUUUAGCUGCAAGCUGUCAGCAUCAACUAAACAGAACAACUGUGAGAUUGGUAAUUUUGAGCCAUUCUUAAGGAAAAGUUUCUGUUACAUACCACCUGGGGAGGAUGUACGUAAUAAGAAGGUGCCCUUACAUUUGGUACCAAAGAUUACACUGUUUAUUUUGAAUACAAAUACCUUUGUUUUUCUCUUCGUGGAAAAAAUGUACAUUUAGUACUGUGUUGCUCUGCUGCUGAAGGAAAAGUGGAUUUAGGUAUUUUUGUUUAUUGGAAUUUAUCUUGCCUACUUUGUUUUAAUGAAGAGCCUCAACAAAUUCCCUGACUUUGCCUGCAGUGAUUUGUUCUUUAGAAAUAUCCAAAUUUGUUUUAUUCCAUGCACUUGAACACUUAAACAUACGGGUGUGAUUUGUAUUUCCAAAAUGUAAAAUGUAUAAUUUAAUUUUAAAAUACUGUAAAAAAUAUAGCAUAAUCAAUGGGAAACUUUAAUUCUUUGGAAUUAAAAGAUGGCAAAGAAUUAAUGUAGCAAAAAUUUUGAAAUUGACAUUUUGCAAUAUGCUGUAUCCCUGCCAUAUUAGAAUGGAUAAAAGCUGAAUGGAGAAUAAAGCAUAAAUUGAACAAAGUUGUUUUUAAAUCUAAAUUUCUCAUAGUAUUGAACAAUAUUGUAUUAGUCCAAAUGCUGAUAAGUAACUGAAGAAAAUAGCACAUUGCUAUUUUAUUCCUAUAUCAGUUCUUUUCUUCCAAACCUCAUUCAUUCAUUUUGAGAACAAUUCUUCUUGUCCUGAACUUUCCAAGAAAGAGAUUUAGAAGUGGCAGAAAGAGUAUAGAGAAGGCAUAUCUUCACCGUUCAUAUCAGAUUUGGGUAAUUAUUGACUAAGUGCAUUGGAGUAAUCUGCAAAAUCAAAAUAUUUUUGUUUUAGAUUGUGUAUGUCAGCAAAUUUAACACCAAACACAUGAGCA